AUGCCAGCGUUCAACCUGUUUCGAUGCGAUGCCUGCCGAGUUUUGAGGAGACAGUGUUCUCCACACUGUAUCUUUGCUCCUUAUUUCUGUCAUGAGGAAGGAUUCGCUCAUUUUGCUGCCAUCCACAACAUUUUUGGUGCCAGAAUUGCCUCCAUCCUCCUGACUUAUCUUCUAGUAAGUGACCGGCUUGUAGUUAUUAUGACACUCUUAUUUGAAGCUCAAGCUCGGCUUCAGGAUCCUGUCUAUGGUUGUGUAUCUCACAUUCUAGCCCUUCAGCAGCAGGUUAGUGACUUGCAAGCCCAUCAAGCUUAUUUGCAAAAUUCACUAUUCGCGUAUUAUUCUUUGCAUCCCCAACCUGUUCCUCAACCUGUUCAAAACCCAAGUUGGAAUUUCGAUCUUCCUAUCAUACCAGAGGAUAUCCCUCAUCCCAAUGUCCUAGAGACUACUCUUCCAUCUUACCCUGGUGAAGCCAGCAGUAGCCAGAUGCCACCCCCAAAUGACAUCAAUGAGCUGGGACCUGUUGUGUUUGGCAACCGUCGUCGUCACUGA